AAAACACACCGCUCGACCCUGUAAGAGGUUCACUACCCAGCCAUGAGGCCUUUCUGUAGAAGCAUUCACAACUCUCUAUCCCUCCUUAAACUCCUAGAACCCAUCGGCCACCAAUGGCCCAUCAGGUCUAGUACCUCUACACUAUCUCAGAGACACUGGCUUUCCACGUACGUCUCCUCUCACCAGCCACAAAUCAACCACGAGUCGGUGGACGUUCUCGGCCGCGUCUACCCGAGAGAUGAUAUGACCAACGUGACCGCUAAAAUCCUGUCCAUGCUGGGUCGAGAGCUUCACAACCAGACGCAUCAUCCACUGUGGAUCAUUAAAGAACGGAUAAAAGAGCAUGUUUACCGUUCCUACACAAAUCGAUCAGGCACACCGCUCUUCUCCGUCUAUGAUAACCUCAGCCCAGUGGUGACAGUGGAGCAGAACUUUGACAGCCUGCUCGUCCCCAAAGACCACCCGAGCCGAAAAAAGGGUGACAACUACUACCUGAACCAGACACACAUGCUUCGAGCGCACACCUCCGCCCACCAGAAGGAGCUGGUACGUUCCGGGCUUGAUUGCUUCCUGGUAGCUGGGGACGUCUACAGGAGGGAUGAGAUCGACGCAAGCCACUAUCCCGUCUUCCACCAGAUGGAGGGAGUGCGACUUUUUACCAACCAUGAGUUGUUUGCCCGAGUGGAGAACGGCGAGGAUCUGUCCCUCUUUGAGCCCAGCCGUCUACGCACACCGCAGAAGCAGGAGACUCACACUUUGGAGGCAGUGAAACUGGUGGAGUUCAACUUGAAACACACCCUCACGCAGCUCAUCAGGCAUCUCUUCGGGGAAGAGCUGGAGAUCCGCUGGGUGGAGUGCUACUUCCCCUUCACGCAUCCCUCCUUUGAAAUGGAGGUGCGUUUUCACGGUGACUGGCUGGAGGUGCUGGGAUGUGGUGUGAUGGAGCAGGAGCUGCUGGACUCAGCGGGCGCAGGGAAUAAAAUCGGCUGGGCCUUUGGCUUGGGCCUGGAAAGACUCGCCAUGGUUCUGUUCGGCAUUCCGGAUAUCCGACUCUUCUGGAGCAAAGACGAGCGCUUCCUGAAACAGUUUCGUCUGGCCAACAUCAACGACUCUGUGACCUUUCAGGCCCUCAGUAAAUACCCACCACUCUUCAACGACAUCUCCUUCUGGCUGCCGGCUGCAGGCUAUACGGAGAACGACUUCUACGAUUUGGUGCGCAGCAUCGGAGGAGAUCUGGUGGAGAAGGUCACACUGCAGGACCAGUUCACUCAUCCAAAGACCAAGAAGGUGAGCCACUGUUACCGCAUCGCGUACCGUCACAUGGAGAGAACGUUGAGCCAGGAAGAAGUGCGGCUGAUUCACCAGGCCAUCGAGCAGGCAGCUGAGCAAGAGCUGGGUGUACAAGGGAGAUUCUGAUUCCUCCUCAGCCUAAAUCCACUCAAAGACAAUACAAAGAAUGUAAUUUCUCACAGUGCACACUGUUGCAUUCUUGAAACACUUGGACAAGGAGGGAGGAAAUUAUUAUUUUUUUUUAAGAUGUGGAUUGCACAGACUCUAUAUUUGAUCAUUUUCUUCUUGGCCAUUAACUCACUUCUGGCUACAAUGUUUGUUGUUUUAAACACAAAAUCUUGUGCUCCCACAUGCACUGUUGACCUUGAUCUCUCUCAUUUUUCCAGUUUCAUUGCUCGUAUACUGAACACAUGCAGGGUUCUUAAAUCCCUUUUCUCCUGCUGCCUGCAAUAACCUUGCAUCUGAAGCUCUGAGAGCCUGAUCUUAAAUACCUCCAUCACAGCAGUGUGUCGCCCGGAGGGAAAGGCCUUUGAUUUAAUGCAGACAUUCUGUAGACCGUUUACUCCGGUGGAUUCCAGCCAGCAGGAAAGACUUGCUUUGCACUUAUUUCUAACUUCGCAUUUCUUUUAAUGACCAUUUCAGCAGGAAUGUAGUGACUUUUUUUCCCCUUCAGGAAAUUAGUUAGACAGUUAAAUCAUUCAGAAAAAAAUUAGGGAUAAAACCGACAGCUAAUAGGUCAUGUAAUAUCACAGUUUGUUAGAGGGUUGGAUGAUUAAUAAUAAACUAAACACUGAACAAAUUGGUGCUGGUGUCUGAUUAGUUGUAAAGAUUUGUUUGGACAGCACUCCUGCGUUGUUACAGAAAUAAAUGUUACUGGCUGUUGAUAAUUAAAUUAUAAAUGAUAAUGAUUAAGUAAUUUGUGCUAUAGGAAAAUAAUUAACGACAGGGUGGUGGAUUCAGCCCUGAAUCAGAGUUGAAUCAGAGUUACUGUUACUAACUAAAAGUUUAUUUAUUUUUUUCCAAGAGCAUGUCCUGAAGUGUUUUAUUCCUCUUAUAUCACAGCAAUUUGCCAGUGAUUACAUUUUUUCUUAAUUAAAAUAAAUUUUCUUAAUUAAUCAGUUUGUAGUUACAUAUGAUGAUGUGGAACGUUCAUAUUAUCACUUAUGUUAUAUAUAAAAGAUAUAAACAAUUAUCCCAUCACCAGCCUCAGUUAUUCUCUUCCUUGAUUUUAAUAUGACAAAAGAUCAUAUUAAAGCUUGUCAUGUUACUGAGAAACUGGAAAGCACAAGCCCUCUCCUGUGGCAGAAUAAUGACUGUCAUAAAGCACUGACACUGGAGACUCCUUCCAUAAAUUGUAAAUCAACAUUUCCUUACAGAAAACAUCACCAUGAUAAUGAUUAGACAUUUUUCUUUGUUAACUAAUAACACAUUUUAAAUUCAUUAAUUAUUAGUCUUAGAUUAUAUGAAGUGUUUUCCAUACAAGUCGAUGUUAAUGAGUUGUUACUAUAGAAACGAUGACGUAUUAGAACGAGUGCAUUAAUAUAAUUUGAUUGCAGCCAGCACUAUUUUCACAGCUGCUGUUUCUCAACACUUUCUGAUUUGCUAUUUGAACAUCACUUUUCUUACAUCCACAUACAAAACUAUAUAGUAUAACCUAAUGAGUCCAGCAGGGCUGAGACUUUAGUGUUUGUGUUAUAUUUGCUACUCAAAACCAUUCUGGCCAGGAUUUUAUGAGUUUUUUUGGGGUUUCUAAACCAAUGAUGCUUAGAUGCUUAGACCAGGAGUUCUCAAAAUUUUUGCAGUCACCAACAAAAUAUACACAAUACAAUAACAGCUGGAU